CGCCCGGGACUAGGACUGGGCUCGCGCCGCGCGCGUGCCGCUCGUUCGCUCGCCUGGAACCUGGGCAAGCCUUGGAAAGAGCAGAAGCAGCGGUCGCUGCAGGGAGCUGCAAAGGAGGGGGGCAGGAGGAGGGAGAGAAUCCGAGAAGCUGCGUCGGCAGUGGCUUGUGGGUCCCUGGGGCGGCGGGGAGUGAGACGUAGGACUAGGGGUUAACUGUCUUUGGAUGCAGCCCGCUUUCUUGGAGAGGGCGCCCCAACUAACCCUUGCUGUCCCCGCAAUGCCCCUUAGCUGCAAUCAGACUGGUCUUGGCGGGAGCAGCCGCUCCUAGCGACCGGCGGGACGGCGCGAAGCGGCCCCAGACCAGCCGGGCCCAUCACGUGCAGCCGCCUCGGACGCGCCGAGGCGCUGCUCGCCGGGGACGUGGAAAACCCGGGUCCUCCCCUGAGGGCAGCGGCCGUUCCCAUGGUGAAAGGCAGUUAAUGGAGAAGCGGGCGAAUGACAGCCGGGACUGUGGUCAUCACAGGUGGAAUAUUAGCAACAGUUAUUUUGCUCUGCAUCAUCGCAGUCCUAUGUUACUGUAGGCUUCAGUAUUACUGUUGCAAGAAAGAUGAGUCAGAAGAGGAUGAGGAAGAGCCCGACUUUGCUGUCCACUCCCACGUCCCACCACUCCACUCCAACCGAAAUAUUGUGCUGACUAACGGACCCUCACUCUACCCAUCUUCUUCCUCAUCUUUCAAUCAGAAAUCCCCCCAGUGCCGUACCAUCUGCCCCAGCUGCUCCCACUAUGAACCACCAACAUUCUUCCUUCAGGAACCAGAGGAAGUUCGAAAUGGGGGUGAGCGCAUCAACUAUAAGAACAUCAGUCAGGAAGACAUAGAGCUGCCGGUAACCUUUGGUGGUCUUCAGGCCCUCAACCCCAACCGCCUCUCUGCCAUGCGGGAAGCUUUCUCCCGAAGCCGGAGCAUCAGCACGGAUGUCUGAGCCCUGUCCGACCCCAGAUCUGGCAAUGGGAGAGGAACAUUGGACUGGGGAUUGAGACCCGGCUCCUAGGAGUAGCUUUGCCACUGAUUCACUGUGUGACCAUGGGCAUGGAGUGGUCUCAGUUUCUCUACUUGUAAAAACGGGAUUUUGACUAGAUGGUACUUAAGGUCCUUGCAGCUUCAUCAUUCUUUGAUUUGGGAGCUUUCAGUCCUUCCUCCAGACUGAACAUUAGUUUCACCCCUGAGUAACCCACCAGCGGAUCUGACUGAGAGAGCUUAUAAGAUGAUGAAUGUAUUUUGGUAGUCCAAUGAUCAUCAACAGAGCAAGUCAUUCCGUCAAUGGGCAGACUAUUUCCUGAGCCCCCACUGUGUGCCCAGCUCUGCAUUAGGCACUAUAAAGGGCACAAAAAAGUAGAAAACACAUCCCCUGCCCUCAAAGAGGGGAAAAUCUAGUUGGGGAAGCAGGGCAUACAACAGCAUAUUUAAUAGUAGCAGGCAGUCUGGUCUAAGUUUAAUACCCAAUGAGGAAUACAAGCUGUAGGAAGAGAAGAGGGAAAGGUCCCCAUGAUAUGGGACAGUCAGGAAGGUCAUUGUUUAAGGAAGAGCCUCAGAAGCAAAAUUGGCUAAAUUCCGGCUAAGAGAUGAUAAUCAGAGAGUGAAAGUGGAUAUGUAGCGUGGGAAUGGGGGAAGGAGGAACCCAGGAAUUAAGGUGUUUAAGCCAUAGCUGCCAUUGUAGGGAAGAAAUUUUGGUACCAGUCUAUCUCUGAUUCCCAGAACUGUUCUGAGGGUCACCACGGCCGGUAUCUUGUCUCACAUAUCAAAUGGCUGCCUGAUAUUGGCAGGUAGAAUCACACAGCCUCCUCCACUCCCCACCGGCCAUGAAGGUAUUCCUCUUAUCAGGAUCUCCACUUCUGCUGACCCUAGAUCCCUUUGGAUCCAAAGUGGCUUCUGACUUUGGGUGACCCCAUUGGUAGAAAGGGAGCAGGAUGCAUGAGGAAGGAGAGAAUGAAGAUAAAACUAUUAACAUAUCACCUAAUGUGUGUAAUAAUGGGCUCUUGUCCUGCCCUCAGCAUAGACAGACACACACAAAAAAACAGAGAGGGCUGAGAAAAAAAAGUGACCCAAAUUUGCCUGGAGACUUCCUUAGUCAGGCAUGCAGGUGCACCACACACACACACACACACACACACA